GUCGGAGGUCCGAUUUUCGUCAUCUCCCUCUUUUGGCUGGGCCGGUCUGCUCGUAAAGAUAUUCCAUUUGCAGUACCCAUGAUGGCAGGUGUUCCGUUUGGCAUGGGCUUCAUGUGCAUUUUUAUUGCCCUGCUUAAUGAUUUGACCGACGCUUACGGAGUCCUCGCAGCUUCUGCCCACGCCGCAUCAAGCUGUUCGCGCUCGUUACUAGCUACGGUUCUCCCACUCGCCGUUACCCCCAUGUUUUCGAAUUUCGGUAUUGCUGGAGCAUGUGGCCUUUUGGCCGGGCUCAGUGCACUGAUGUCCGUGGUGCCUUUCAUAUUUAUUUGGAAGGGGGAGAAAUCUGGGCAAACUCAAAGUUCUGCAACAGCUUGAAGAAGAAUCGGACGCACUGGGAACUACUAAACAAACUCAGAGCUAAGGUGGCAAACACCAGGUACAUAUAUCUAGAUUAGGGCGUAAAAUACCCAUCGGUACCCAUGAUCUGAGUAAUUUACACCCUAAUCCAGAUCCCUUAGAACCAGAAUACUUUGUAUUAUAUUCAUCAACCUACCACGGCGGAUGAUGAUCAUAG